GCAGCUUCCUGUCCUGUUUUAACUGUUCUGCUUUCGUUGUCUCUGUGGUCCGGUCACUCCUCUUCCCGGCUGGGGAUCCCGGAGGGCCUGAACUCGGGCACCGAGCGGGGACUGUGGCGUCCCGGUCUUGAGCCGGUGGUGGGACCCACCUCCCUCUUUCAGCGGAAUAGAAGAGUUUUCUUUUUGACCACUCACCCCUGGCCCCAUGGCUGCCAUGCAGAUGGAUCCUGAGCUUGCCAGGCGCCUCUUCUUUGAAGGGGCCACCGUGGUCAUCCUGAAUAUGCCCAAGGGGACAGAGUUUGGCAUUGACUACAACUCCUGGGAAGUGGGGCCCAAGUUCCGGGGCGUGAAGAUGAUCCCGCCGGGCAUCCACUUCCUCCACUACAGCUCUGUGGACAAGGCCAAUCCCAGGGAGGUGGGCCCUCGCAUGGGCUUCUUCCUUAACCUGCAGCAGCGGGGGCUGAAGGUCCUACGCUGGGAUGCGGCCCGGGAAGAGGUCGACCUGUCCUCAGCCCCAGAGGCUGAGGUGGAGGCCAUGAGGGCCAACCUCCAGGAGCUGGACCAGUUCCUGGGACCUUACCCCUAUGCCACGCUCAAGAAGUGGAUCUCCCUCACCAGCUUCAUCAGUGAGGCCACCGUGGAGAAGCUGCAGCCCGAGAGUCGACAGAUCUGUGCCUUCUCAGAGGUGCUGCCUGUGCUCUCCAUGAAGCACACCAAGGACCGGGUGGGGCAGAACCUCCCCCGCUGCGGCAUCGAGUGCAGGAGCUACCAGGAGGGCCUGGCCCGGCUGCCCGAGAUGAGGCCCAGGGCGGGCACAGAGAUCCGCUUCUCCGAGCUGCCCACACAGAUGUUCCCAGCGGGCGCCACGCCGGCCGAGAUAACCAGACACAGCAUGGACCUGAGUUACGCCCUGGAGACGGUGCUCAGCAAGCAGUUCCCCUGCAGCCCCCAGGAUGUGCUCGGUGAGCUUCAGUUUGCUUUCGUGUGCUUCCUGCUGGGGAAUGUGUACGAGGCCUUCGAGCACUGGAAGCGGCUCCUGAACCUCCUGUGCCGGUCAGAAGAGGCCAUGGCGAAGCACCGCACCCUCUACAUCAGCCUCAUCUCCGUCCUGUACCACCAGCUGGGCGAGAUCCCCGCCGACUUCUUUGUGGACAUUGUCUCCCAGGACAACUUCCUCACCAGCACCUUACAGGUUUUCUUCUCCUCCGCCCGCAGCGUUGCUGUGGAUGCCACCCUGAGGCAGAAAGCCGAGAGGUUCCAAGCUCACCUGACCAAGAAGUUCCGGUGGGACUUUGAGGCGGAGCCUGAGGACUGCGCCCCGGUGGUGGUGGAGCUCCCCGACGGCAUGGGGACUAGCUAACUGGGAGAGCUCUUGGCCAGGGGAGACCCCCUUCCCCACGGCCGCAGUCCUGGCUUCUCCAUUCACCCAGGCUACUGGGACCUGCUGGGGCAGGAGCCCCGCUAGGUUCUGCAAAGAUGAAGCCAGAAUCCCCUCCUUCACCCGUAACCAAGUCCCUUCAGUGCCAGAGAGGCUGUUCGCCAUCUAGCAGGCACCUUGUGGGUGCCGUCAGCCUGGCCAUGGUGCUAACCCAACUGAAUUCCAAAUGGGCGCUCGGGAGAGACCUGCCUCAGCAGCAGUCUACUUCCUUCCAGAAGAAAAGCUGUUGUGCCCCAAGCCCAAGAGAAAGGAUUGCUUAUUCCAUAGAGUGGUUUCAGGAAACCCUGGACUGCCCAGGAGUCUGAGAGGUCAGUUGUUGACUUUUUAAAAGUUAAACACAGGGUAAUAGGGAAAUGAGCCAGAAUUUCUGCCUGCCCCUUGUGGAUGGGAAUACAUCACAGAAAACAUGGGCCUGUGACCUCUCUGGAGCCCCAGGUUGAGGAGGGCGAAAUAAGACAAUGGGUAAAAUCUGGCGAGUGUCAGCUCUUGCAGUCUCUUAAGUUCCUUGCUCCUGUCCAGAGGUCCCAGUGGAAAACCUUUCAAGAUGGUUGUGGCCCCUGACCUCAUAGGCCUUGCUCGUGCCACUGUCCUCCCACCUGUUCCAUUCUGAGGCCCCAGUCCCAGAAGUGGCCCUUGGCAACCCCCCCAGAUGGCCCUGUUCCUCACCAGAGUCACCACGACUAUUUCUGAUGAGCUGGAGAUUCAGCAACAAAGAGAACGGGUCUUCCUCUGGACAGGCUUCUUUGGCCUCAUGGAAGUUCUGCAUCUUUAUCCAGAGCUCCAGAGACGACCUUGUCAGCCUGGGUCCCCCUGUCCUGCUGUGGAGACCACAGCAGUGGAUGAUGGUUCCUGUUUCCCGGGUGUCCUGAGGGGCUCGCCCGUCAUGCACACAGGCCCUGUCACCCUGACCUCACACUGUUGUACCUUGAUGAGGGUCCCUGUCCCAUUGCCUCCCAAGGCUGUGGCUCACUCCAGGUUUCUGAAUGAGAAUCCCUGCUGGUUAAGACUUUAAACUCUACUUGUUUCCUUGGAAUUGUUUUUCCAAGAGCAUAAUGUACAUUAAAGUCUUGGAGUUGAGACUAAA